AUGGUACUUGAAACUGGAAGAGGGUUAAAUCAAGAGAACUCUCUUGUUCAAGCGGAAGAUACAAGAUGGGGUUCAUAUUUCAAAAUAGUUACAAGUUUGAUGAACUUAUUUCUUAAGGUUCUUAACAUACUUACUUAUGUCGAAGAUGAAGGAUCCAUUUUAAGUAACCAAAAUCAAGCAUUUGGUAUCUUAAGAUAUUUCAAGACACUUGAUUUCGUGUUUUACUUACAUUUGAUGUAUGGAAUUUUACACCUCACAAACGUAUUGUCAAAGCAUCUUCAAAAAAAGGAUCAAGACAUUUUAGAAGCAACUUAUUUGGUUAGAGGGACAAUGGAGGUAUUGAAGUCUUUAAGAGACAUGGGGUUUGCAAAACUUUUAUCGAAUGUAUUCUCUUUUUGUCAAAAACAUAAUAUUAAUAUUGUGGAGAUGAUGCUCUUUCAAAAAAAAAUUGUGGAGAUGACGGAAAAUUAUGUCACAUUGAGAGGCCGUAAUACUAAAGUUACCAACCAGUUUCAUUUUGAAGUUGAAAUUUUUAGAACGGUUAUGGAUAUGCAAAUCAUAGAAUUCGGGGACCGAUUUAGUGAACUUAGCACCCAAUUAAUAGAAUACAUGGUGGCUUUGAGUCAUUGUGAUUCAUUUGCUAAGUUUGACAAAACAAAGUUGUUAAAGUUGAGUGAGUUGUACACAAAAGCCUUUGAUGAUGCGGAAAAUAUGUAA